AUGACCUACUCAGUCCUUCCCAUAGGGGAAAUCCACUAUCCACGCUACCCAGAGAAACCCCCUUACGACCACAUCCAGCCAGGUUGGUUGCACGACAUUGAUAUCACAAACGUCCAAUUUUGGCUCCAACCUGGUGUUCCAGACAUCAAAUUCUACCUUGAGAUCGAGCAAGCCAUCGACAUCCACAAUGCCAGAUAUGCACUUGGCGUUCGCGUGUUUCAGGAUAUAUCCGCCAUGGAGACAAUGCUGAAGUGGGUGGGCAUAGAGGGGAAGAUCAAAAAGAAGGUGUUGAAGAACUGGUAUUUGCGAGUUGUUAGGAUGUAUGACUAUAUUGAGGAGGAGAGGCCUGCGAUGCCUAGUCUCGCGUUGCCGUGUGACUUCAGACGACAAGAUGAGGAUGAAGCAUACAACAGCGAGCAGGAUGGGGAGUAUGAGUUAGAUGAAGAAUACGACGCUGCCCUGGUGGCAGGCAUCAAUCGCAUCAACGCGUCUACUGCCACCAUCACCGACACAUCAACAGCCGACGUCGUCAGAUCCACCACAAACAAGCUCAAGGAAGUAAACCAGAUGGAGACCAACGAGCACAACAAAAUCAUAAAAUCAGCCAUAAUAGCGCACAACUUCUGGCCCCUUUUCAACCGCAUGUGCAAUCGCGACAUGAACUUCUUCCGAUUGCAAAUGGACGAGGUGUGCCCCCAUAUCAGCAAUGAGAUCAACUGGAGUUUUCUGCUUUGUGAGCCAUGCACCGACGUCUCGGCCAUGAUCUUUCUGUAUGUGAUGAGCGUGUGGCAGUCGCGACCUGAUGGGAAGGAGGAUGAGCUUGCUGUGCCGCUUAUUUGGUCGUUGGCUAUCCAGUUACGGAUCCUUGUGCCGUCUGAGCAGGUUUUGAGGGUUCUGGAGCAUACCAGGGCUACCGAUCACAUUAAAGGGCUGAAGCCUAUCAGUCAAUGGAGGUAG